AUGCCGAAACGUGGCAAGAAUUAUUUUGAUAUUGAAUUUAUAGCGAAAAAAUUGCGGAAAUUAGAAAAAGAAGUGAAACGAUCGCGGAGUGAAAAUCAUAGCGUUUUUCGAUUAAGUUCGUCAUCUUCGUCAUCUUCUUCGAGUGAUUCAUCCGUACAUCGAUCAUCGAGGGAAUCAUCACCAGAAUUAGAAAAUUUAAAUCGCCAGGAUGUAACCAAUAUCUCCAGCCCGCAGCCGCCAGCGAAUACCACGGAUCCACUACCUUAUCAAACUGAAAAUCAGAUUGAAUCUGAAACGAACGCUGAAAUAUUAGAUAUUUUGGGUGUAGAUCCAUCGGUGACAUUAGAAUAUGGGGCUGAUAUAAAUAAAGAUGUGGCUACUAGAUUAACUCAUAUAGCCACUAUGGGCCUAAACAAAGAUAUGCGGAAGGAAUUAGUUAAUAAACACCUAAUUCCGGCCAAUUGCACCAAUAUAGCCGCGCCUCUGCUCAAUCCAGAGAUUAAAGCGGCUCUUUCAGAGCAAGUGCUCAAGAGAGACAAAGCUAUCGAAACUAGACAAAAACAAAUUGCUGCUGGUAUUACCCACUUGGGAAAAAUCAUUUCUGAUCAGCUUAACUCCAAAGAGAUGAAUAAUAACCUAAUAAAAGAUCUCAUGGAUGUCAGUCGUAUUUUUUGCGACAUUCAGCACUCUGAAUCAGAAGCGAGGCGCAACUUUGCCCUCUAUUCGGUAAAAAAGGACUUGAAAGAUCAAAUAUCGACAACGAAGAUUGACAAAUACCUAUUUGGCGAGGACCUCGGCUCGCAGACGGCCGCCGGUCCCACCGCCACGUCACCAGUUGUCUGCGACGACGUCGAGCGUACCGCCAACACCUCGAGGGAGCUCAUCGCAAGCUUAUGCACAGCGACAGAAGCAAACCCGCCGUCGCUAGAUCAGAAU